UUAAAUAUAAUAUAAUAAUUAUAAUAGAAAUAUUAAUAUAUAAAAAAGAAUUAUUUAAAAGGCAGGAGAGAUGUGUGUUACAACAAAAUAAGACUGCAAAUAUGUUUAAACGGAAAUGAUUGAUACAAUUGUAUUACAAUUGACGGAUUGAACUGGUGAACCAAUUGGAAACGUUCACGUAAGGCCCCGAAAUAACAAAAUGGUUCCAAGAUUUGUCAAAUCUUCUUUUUAUUAAGGAUUCUAAGAAAAUAACGUUUCGUUUUUUAUUUCUCAUUAUUAUUUUGUUUUAAUAUUUUCGAUUACUUUUCUUUAUUGAUUUUUAAUAACUUUAAUAUGUUAAUAUAAUUUUUGUUUCUCUUUUUUUGAGGUUAGGAUUGACGUCAUCAUUUGAUUCGUCAUUAUAUUGAUGACGCAUUCUAUGACUUUGUUUGUUCUAUUUCUUUCUUAAAGGAAAAAAAGUUAAAAAAAAAAAUAAAAAAGAGAGAAAUAAUAAUAUGACGUAAAAUGAAUUUGUUUAAAAAAAAAAGAAAAAAGAAUAAUACGAACAAAUAUUCGCGAGAAGUCCUAAGUUCGAAAGAUUAACAAUAUGUAUGUAUAUACGUAUGUAUAUGUAUGUAUGUAUGUAUGUAAAAUGCGUGCAUGUGCGUGUGUUACGUAUGCAUAUGGGAAUAUAAGUGUGUGUGCACACACAACGAAAGAAAACAAAACAAACAAACAAAGAAAUCACAUUUGGAAAAUAAAUGAGAUGAUUUUGUCUACGUAAUUAAUUAAUUAAUUAAUUAAUUAAUUAUAUUGAUGAUAUAUUGCAUUUCGUGCGAGAAUACGCAGCAAUUCAAACAAACAAAAAAUACAUUGGGGAGAGUAAUAAAAAAUUAAUGAAUAAUGAUAAACUAAAAAUAAUUUUAUUAUAAAUCCAACAUUGUACAGUUGUUGUUGUAAGAACGAAUGUGAUGAAUACGCGUGUGUACGUGCGACAGUAAAGAGAACGAAAUAUUAUUAACAUAUGCAUUUUUUCAUAUAUAUAUUUUAUUUUUGUUUGUUUGUCCCCGAACCAUAGAUUCCAGAAAGACAUUUAUCCGUUCCAAGAAUGUUUCCUAUUCCUAUGGCAUGUCAAAACAUCUUCAAAACAACCGACGUGAUCGAUGAUACGAAAAAACCUAAUGAAUUAUAUACACGGGCCGUUAAUGAUGACUGUUAUUAUUGGUUCGCUAAACAAACUGGGAAUUCGGUUGCUAAAUUUUCGAAUGGUAACACAAUAUGUACAAGGCCAACCGAUUGUAUUCAUCAUGCCAACGAAGGAGAAGAUUGUUCAAAAAAUAUUACAACAACGGUCGCUAAUUUAUCGAAUAUCGAAACAAUACUUCGUCGUUACAAUGGAAAAUGUUAUAUACUUAUCAACGAAGAUGAUCAAACAAAUGAACAAAAAUAUAUUUUAAUUGAUACGGAUAAUAGUGACGACAAUAGUAGUUACGUUGAAGAAGAAGACGAGGAUAAUGAUAUUAAUAAUAAUGAUAAUGAUAAUGAUAAUGAUAAUAUCAAGGUCAAUGAAAAUAAUCACCCUUAUCGUAACGAAUCAUCCCCUAAAUGUUCCAAAGAAUAAAUUCACUUCGAGUGUAGGUUUUAUU